GACAGAAAGUCAAAUGGCUAAGUACAAAGGAAAAGAGAGUGCAAUAAUAUGGCUAGUCAAAUGAUUUCAUCUGUUUUUUCACGAGCAUUGGUUUCUUCAACUCGUUCUACUCUUUCUCAAGGGAGAGCUUGUCAGUUGAGAAGAGUAGUCUGCAGAUACAGCACAACUGCAGCUGCCGAGGAACCCAUCACUCCACCAGUAAAGGUGAAAUAUACUCAGCUGUUAAUCAAUGGAAAGUUUGUGGAUUCAGCUUCAGGUAAAAAAUUCAAGACAAAUGACCCUAGAACAGGUAAUGUGAUUGCUGAGGUUGCUGAGGGUGAUGUUGAGGAUAUCAAUCGCGCAGUUGCUGCUGCUCGCAAAGCUUUUGAUGAAGGGCCUUGGCCUAAGAUGACUGCUUAUCAAAGAUCACAAAUCCUGUUAAAGUUUGCUGAUCUACUUGACCAGCACACUGAUGAGAUUGCUGCCCUUGAGACGUGGGACAAUGGAAAGCCGUAUGAGCAAGCUGCUAAGAUCGAACUACCAAUGUGUGCUCGCAUAAUGAGAUAUUAUGCUGGAUGGGCGGAUAAAAUACAUGGUCUAACUAUGCCUGCUGAUGGACCUCAUCAUGUACAAACCCUCCAUGAACCCAUAGGUGUAGCAGGACAAAUUAUCCCAUGGAAUUUCCCUCUUCUCAUGUUUGUGUGGAAGAUCGGGCCUGCAUUAGCUUGUGGAAAUUCCGUUGUUAUGAAGACUGCAGAACAAACACCAUUGACUGCCCUUUAUGCAGCAAAACUUCUCCAUGAGGCCGGACUUCCUGAUGGUGUUCUAAAUGUGGUUUCUGGUUAUGGCCCUACUGCCGGUGCAGCUCUAGCAUCUCACAUGGAUGUGGACAAGCUGGCCUUUACUGGAUCAACUGAGACUGGAAAACUGGUGCUUGAGAUGGCAGCAAAGAGUAAUCUAAAGUCGGUGACUUUGGAGCUUGGAGGGAAAUCUCCUUUCAUUGUGUGCAAGGAUGCUGAUAUAGAUAAGGCUGUUGAACUCGCUCACUUUGCCCUUUUCUUCAAUCAGGGACAAUGCUGCUGUGCUGGCUCGCGUACAUAUGUACAUGAAAGUGUAUACAAUGAGUUUGUUGAGAAAGCAAAGGCACGUGCCAUAAAGCGUGUUGUUGGUGAUCCAUUCAGGAAGGACAUUGAACAAGGUCCUCAGAUCGAUUCAGAACAAUUUGAGAAGGUGAUGCAAUAUAUUAGAUCCGGUAUUGAGAGUGGAGCUAAGCUUGAAACAGGAGGAGAACAAUUAGGGUCAAAGGGAUUCUACAUACAACCCACUGUUUUCUCCAAUGUCAAUGAAGACAUGCUGAUUGCAAAGGAUGAAAUAUUUGGUCCUGUUCAGUCUAUCUUGAAGUUCAAGGACCUUGGAGAGGUGGUUCGACGAGCCAAUGCUUCACCCUAUGGGCUAGCAGCCGGAGUCUUCACCCAGGAUAUAGACACUGCUAAUACUUUGGCUCGGGCCUUAAGAGUUGGCACGGUGUGGGUGAACUGCUUUGAUGUCUUCGAUGCAGGCAUUCCGUUUGGUGGUUACAAGAUGAGUGGACAAGGAAGGGAGAAGGGAAUUUACAGUCUGAUGAAUUAUCUGCAAGUCAAGGCUGUGGUUACUCCUUUGAAGGAUCCUGCAUGGCUGUAAAAACACACACAAAUUAUAGAAUUUUUCCCUUUUGUUCUAAAAGAUUAUCCAUUGUCUGCAAGAAAUAGCACAUAUUUUGUGCCUUUUAGUUGUAUUUUUGUGGUUCAUUGUCUUUGUUGUAUGAAAUUAACUGAGCAAUUUCGUUAUGUUGAAGUCAAUUGGCAAAUCAUCAGGAAAGAUACUCCAUAUGUAUUUUUAUUUGCAAAUUCAGAUGUUGAGAAUAAUGAGCAAUUUUGUCUAUAGCAUAAACAUGUACUUUUUUUUUUUUUUUUCAACAUACAUCUCAAAUUCUCAACAUUUACUUAUUAUUUUUAUUUUUUAAGUGUAUAGUUGGAUGACAAAAGCACAUGUUGAAUACAUGUUUGUAAAAUUGUUUUUGAAACUUCAAAAAGUGAAGGUAUACCCAAUCGAAUAUUUCCCCUAAAAAAAGGUAAGUCUUCAUGUAAAUUCUGUUCACGAGAUCACUCCUUGUUGGC